AUGGAGACUAUGCUCGUUAUCGGAGGUAUUGUACUGCUCGGCUGAGGAGGCUAUAUAAAUCGUUGAAGUUUACGCAUGGACGUGGAAAAUACACUCGUAGAGCUAUCACUGAAUCCAUUGUUACUGAAGUAAGGAACUUGGCUUGAUGGGCUCAUUUUCGUUUCCUCAGUAGCUUUAGCUUAUUAUUCAUUGUACUGCUGAGUAAAAAUUUAGCUUCCUAUGUAUGUAGGGACUUAUGCCCUCAACAGUAAUAUGAGGGUUGUUUCAAUGUGUAUAUCUUCACUAAAACAAAUGCUUUUAUUUUACUUUCUUCCUGUCACAAUAGAUCAUAAUGAUGCCAAGAAAUUUAGGACGCCUUACUCUGCAGUAAGGCUCCAAAUUAGUAAUAAAAUGAUGACUUCUUGUAUUUGAAGAGUUCUUUUCUUAUCAAUCCCCUAAUUUCUUUAUAAGCAUUGUAUUUUAGUUUGUUCUGUUUGAAAAUCCAUUUUGGAUACUGUGGUGAUUACUCAGUUUACUAAACAAGGAUCAACUCUUUUGAGAGUAAAAUUUCAUUUCAUAGCUUUUCAAGUUUAUGAUUUACUUUAUUUGGAAAGAAAAUAGGUUUCUGCAUCUGGUUCUUUAUUCAGCCGAGAGAGCUUGGAGCCAUGCCAUGGAGAAAAGACAGCUUCCAGAUGGUCCGAAUGCAAGACAACGCAUUUAUCUGAUUGGGAGGCUGAGGAAGGCUGUAAAAUGGGCUGAUCUGUUCUCACGGUUGUGUGCUGCCAAGGGAGAUUCCAGAACAUCUUUGGAAGCUGAGGCAUAUGCUGCCUAUAUGAAUGGCAAUUUGUUGUUUGAACAAGAUCGGACCUGGGACACUGCAUUGAAGAACUUCAUAAGUGCCAGGGCUGUGUAUGAGGAACUUGGGAAGUAUGGAGACCUGGAGAAUCAGCUCUUAUGCCGUGAGCGUGUUGAGGAGCUGGAACCUAGUAUCCGAUACUGCCGGCACAAAAUUGGCCAGUCAAAUCUACAAACAUCUGACCUCCUACAAAUUGGUGAGAUGGAAGGUCCUGCGUUGGACCUUUUCAAGACUAAAUUGGAGGCUGUUAUGGCUGAGGCUAGGUCCCAACAGGCAGCUUCCCUGACAGAGUUUUAUUGGCUAGGUCACAAAUUUCCAAUAUCCAAUGCAAAAACUCGGGUUGCAAUUUUAAAAGCUCAAGAACUAGAGCAGGAUUUGCAUGGUCCUAGUGCAGAUUCACUCUCAGCGGAGAAAAAAUUAGUCAUCUUUGACAAAAUUUUUACUGCUUAUCAUGAAGCCAGAAGCUCCAUUCGCAGCGACUUGGUCAGUGCAGGUAGUGCUGACAGUGUAAAAGAUGACUUAAGUGGCCUUGAUAAAGCAGUUAGUGCUGUACUAGCACAACGGACGAUGGAGCGUAACCAGCUGUUAGUUACCAUUGCAAAGAGCAAACUUACUAGGCGCUGUGAAGACAAAAAUGAGAAAGUUACCAGGCCUGAGGAGCUUGUGCGCUUGUAUGAUCUUUUAUUACAGAACACAUCAGAUCUUUCUGACUUAGUUAGCUCUGGAAGAGAUACAAAACAUGAGGAGGUAGCAUUCUCUGAAAACUGUGCAGCUAGAAAUUUGGCUUUCCGAGCUCAAAGGUGCUUCUACCUAGCGAAGUCAUACAGCUUAGCCGGGAAGAGAACAGAGGCAUAUGUGUUAUAUUGCCGUGCUCGUUCCCUUGCUGAGAAUGCGUUGCAGAAGUUUCAGUCUUUCAAUAACACUGAUGAGAUGAUUAAAGAGCUGAAGACAUUAUACGGCGAGUGCAGAUCUAAUAUUUGCAUAGAGCACGCAUCAGCAAUUUUGGAGGCAGAAAAAGCUCCAGAGAACCUGUCGAAGAAAGUUUCUGCAAUAUCAUUAAGUGGGGGUGACAAGAAGGUGGAAAAAUACCUUCUGGAGAAACUCGAUGCCUAUGAGUCUGUGGUUGGCGAUGCAAAUGUGAAAGCUCCUCCUCGCAUUGGAGUCUUCCCUCCGGCCUUCCAAGCAAUACCAAGAAAUCCCAUCAUUCUCGACCUUGCCUAUAAUUACAUUGAUUUCCCAUCUCUAGAGAACAGGAUGAAGAAGGACAAGAAAGGCUUCAUAAGUAGGCUCUGGCGGUGAGUUUUGUAGUUGCCAUUAACUGAAAAAACCAGAAAUUUAAAACAGCAAAAAGAAUUGAGUUGAGGUAUUGGAGGCAUUUGCUUUGUAGUUAGCAGUUGAAGUUAGAGUUGUAUUUAUUUUAUUUC